UACUUGCAACACUUGAAAUCUGACGUUUUUAUUUUGCACAAGAGUCGAGUUCCUAUAUCAAUGGAAAUACAAACGAUUAUUGUAGUGUUUCUUGGAAUGUUUUGUGGUAUCCAUUGUUAUAAUCUUGUUCGUCUGCCAAACCUUUUAGAGUCUCCUCAUAUCAGAAACCAGUCGGCACUGGUCUGUACUGGUGAUAAGUAUGCUUCAGUGAAUCUAGAAAUUGUCCCAAAAAAAGUAUUUUGUGGUUCGUUGAUAGUAUUCAAAGUGUCCAUUACUCCAAAAACCGAUAUUUUGUAUUGUGCUUGCAAGUACUCCUUGAGGUGGAAUGGAAUGUUAUUUGCUUUUCAUGAAUCUCCAGGACUUUGUGAAAGUGAUCGCUUAGACUGCCCUUUAUUCAAAGGAGAGACAUAUACUUUUGUCAGCCAACCAAAUAAGUCAGAGUUCUGCUUCAUUCAAAAGGGGGAUUACAACUUCACAAGUUCAUGCACAGAUCAAAACGACCAAGAAAUCAUGUGUUUAACCUGGAGCAUAACGUGGAUCUAGAUUAGCUACAGUAAAACCGGAAAUUUUCAUUUUAAACAUGCACCCUKCACAUAUUUUCAGUCUGUAUCUUUUAAGUGAAUCCUUAAUUUCCAAAUAUGAUGUCCAUCCAUUUUAUUUUAUUGUUUUUUGUAAAAACUUUGCAUACAAGAUUGCCCUGUGUGCAUGAAAUAAAA